AUGCCACAAUCUGAAUACGCCUUUUUGGUAGAUAGGGGGAACCAAAAAGAGAUGAAUUUAAUACAGAACUUCACCAAGGAUGAAGCCAAUAUGAACAAUCAAAUAUCUUCACGAUCAUCAACUGUGAAAUAUGUUGAUUUUGAGGAGAAAACAUAUACAGUUGAUUCAACAGGUGCCACCAUUAGUUCAGGAUCUAGUGUCUCAUUACUUCACCAAUAUUGCUCCAAACUCCCACACGAUGAAUUCUUCAACCCUAAGCCACGGCUAUAUUUCUUUGAUGAUGCGGAGGGAACGGUUUGUUACAUAUAUCUUCCCGCAAAUGCCCCUAUCCACCAAGUCAUAAGUUUGCCUCAACCAUCUCGUGAAGCUGCAAAAAAAGACGCCUGUUUAAAAGCAUGCCAACAGUUGCAUCAAUUGGGUGCCUUAACCAACUACCUCUUACCUGAUGAUGAAGUUGAUGAAGACACCCAAGAUUCUUCUGAUUCUGAUUCCGAUGAAGAGGAUAACUCACGAAGAGAGCUCCAUGAGAUGCUUGUUCCCUCUGCUCUUCGAGAACCCUGGAUUAAAUCCAAACGUACAAUGAUUCGUCUCAACUCCUACUUUAUAAAAUUUAGCCCUUUCCCUGCUGAUAGACUUUAUAAAGAUUUUGGUCUUUUUUUAAAAGCACCAAUCCCUCAAGAGGCUGAAAGAAUGAAACUUGAUCUCCAUUUGGCUAAGGGUCGAUCUGUCUUAACCGAAAUCGUCCCAUGUGGCGCCUCCACAUUCAACAACAACGAGAUUGUGCUAGCGGAGAGGUUCCAAGAGAUGUGGCUAAAGGCGAUAGUGGACAAGUCGGAUUUUGCUUCCAAUUUUGUCCCUUUAGGAAAAGAUGAUGUCAGCAAUUCCGUCUCGACAUUCUACUUAAUGCUACCUGUGACUGUUGACCGAGGAGGAUCGAUGAGUGUUGACUGGAAGCUGAUUACAAGAUGUUUAUCAUCACCGAUUUUUAAAUCUCCACGAGAUAUUGCAUUUGAUCAACAUCAACCUUUUUGUUUGGAUGAUUGCUUGUAUCUUGCAAAUGGGCCCACACGGAUCAAUGACAUAGUGAAUAGUUUGGCUUAUGUUCCAUGCAAAGAUACUUUUUUCUUUGUCUCGGAUGUUCUUCAUGAGAAGGACGCGUUCAAUCUUUUUAAAGAAGACACAAAUUAUGUCGACCACUAUGCGGAAGUAUUCGGCAUCAAAAUGUUGCACCCCAACCAACCUCUUUUAAAAGCCAAACAACUCUUUCGAUUGGACAACUUGUUGAGGAAGAGAGGGAAUUCUGAGCCACGAGAAAAGGAGGAGCAUUUUGUAGAGAUACCUCCUGAAAUAUGUGUUGUGAAAAUUCUUGGUUUUUCAAAGGACAUUGGAAGUUCAUUGUCAUUAUUGCCUUCAAUUGUACACCGAUUGGAAAGCUUUCUUGUUGCAAUUGAACUGAGGCAUAGGCUCUCUGCUUCAUUCCCAGAAGGCUCACAAGUUUCUGCAGAUCGCAUUUUUGAAGCAAUUACUACAGAGAGAUGUAAUGAACGGUUUUCUCUUGAAAGACUUGAAGUGUUAGGUGAUGCGUUUCUCAAAUUUGCAGUUGGUAGACACCUUUUUUUGUUGAAUCAUGCCCUUGAUGAAGGACAACUAACGAGAAAACGUUCCAAUAUGGUUAACAAUUCCCAUUUAUUCAAGCUUGCAUUAUCCAACAAUCUGCAUGUUUACGUACGUGAUCAACCAUUCGAGCCUUUCCAUUUCUACCCUUUGGGUCGAAGAUGUUCGAAAAUAUGCACAGAAGCCACAAGAGUCAGCAUCCAUUCUUCACAUGAGAGCAAUUUAACCACAGGUGUAACCACUGAAGUUAGAUGCAAUAAAGGUCAUCAUUGGUUACAAAAGAAAACCGUUGCAGAUGUUGUGGAAGCUCUUGUUGGAGCUUUUAUAGUUGAUAGUGGUUUUAAAGCUGCAAUUGCUUUUCUUAAGUGGAUUGGUAUCCCAGUGGACUUCAAAGACUCUCAUGUUGCUAAUAUUUGUGCUUCCAGUGCUAUCUUUACUGCACUCAGUGAUCAAAUUGACAUUCCUACCCUUGAAAGUCUUUUAGGGUAUCGCUUUCAUCAUAAAGGUCUUCUCUUACAGGCCUUCUUACAUCCAUCUUACCAUAACAAUUACGGUGGCUGCUAUCAGAGAUUGGAGUUUCUUGGAGAUGCAGUAUUGGAUUACUUGAUCACCUCUUAUCUUUAUUCGGUAUACCCAAACUUGAAACCCGGUCAACUCACCGAUUUAAGAUCCCUUUCAGUCAACAAUAAUUCAUUUGCGGGUAUUGCUGUAAAUCGAUCUUUCUACACAUAUAUGCUAUGUGAUUCCAAUAGUCUUGUCAUGUCUGUGGAUAAAUAUGCCAAAUUUUUCAAGACUUCUGCAUCAAAAAAUGGUGUAGUAGAAACCGUAUCAUGUCCUAAGGCUCUUGGUGAUUUGGUGGAGUCUUGUGUUGGAGCCAUUCUUCUUGAUUCAGGGUUUGAUUUGGAUGUGGUUUGGAACAUAAUGAUCUCGUUUCUUGAUCCUGUGAUGAAAUUUUCCGCAUUGCAGCUUAAUCCUGUUAGAGAACUUCAAGAACUUUGUCAAUAUUAUAAUUGGGAAUUGACGUUUCCGUCCCUAAAGAAAGACGGGGCGUUUACGGUUGAAGCAAUUGUUGAUGGAAUUGAAGUUAGUGACGCUGCUUCUGCUACAAAUUUUAAUAAAAAAACCGCCAAGAGAAUCGCGUGUCAGAAACUGUACUUGUCGUUGAAGGACAAAGGUUAUAAGACGAAAGUGAAAUCGUUAGAGGAAAUCUUGAAAUCGAGUAAAAAAAUGGAGGCGAAAUUGAUUGGAUACGAUGAAGUCCCGACAGAUAUUGACGUUUCACGUGCCAAUCAAGCUGUGGACUUGAACUCGGAUAAAGUUAGAAAUAUUCCCAUAGAAGGGCAUUCUCGUCAUUUAAAUUCUUCGGUUAAAAGCAGUAGCAGUAUUAGACGGUUGUCACAGCCCACACCUCAAAGAAGCCCUUCUUCCUCAGACGUCAGUGAUAGCAAUUCACAAGCUCCUUCAGGUGAUGGGGUGAAGAAAUCAUCGGCAAAAUCACAUUUAUAUGAAAUUUGUGCUAUCAACUGUUGGAAACCACCUUUGUUUGAAUGUUUCCAAGAAAUGGGACCCGCCCACCUCAAACAGUUUGCAUUCAAAGUGACAGUGAUAAUUGAAGAAGCCUCUAAUACAAUCUUGGAGUGUGUAGGAGAUCAUCGUACUAAAAAGAAAGAUGCAGCUGAGUUUGCAGCUCAAGGGGUAAUUUGGUACUUAAAGCAAGUCGGGUAUUUACAAAAUUAGGAUCCGGUAUUUUUCUAUUGUGGUCAAUGUAUGCAUAUAUAUAAAACUGGAUGUAGUGUAGUGAUAGUUAUGACUUGUGUGAGACAAAGGGUAUACAUAUAGUAUAGAGCCCUGUAUACACACACAAAGUCGAGUGUACCAUUUAUGAAGCUGUAUGCCUAAUCUUCAUACAAUUAUGAAUGAUGUGAUGUGUUGUCUGCCUUCUUGUGUAUUGGAAGAAGUAGUUAAAAAGUGUUUUUGG